ACUAGAUGUCACACUAAAUUUCAUUUCCGCUUAUGAAUUCCAAAACAUUGCAGAGUGUGACGGAUGCAAAUGCAUCAUUAAAAGUGAUGGCAAGCCCUCAGAAAAUGCAGCAAUAUAUGGAUCGACAUAGGAUCGGUCCGCUAUUUGAGAAUCUCAUGAACAAAGUUCUCCAUGAUCAGCCUGAUGACCCUCUGGUAUAUCUAAUUAAAGUUCUGCAUAAGAAGGCAGGUUUAGAGGCCCCCAGGGACCUAAAGACCCAGGGAGUCAGAAGGAGCUCCCCAGAAAGAAUUGUAAGAAGUAGAAGUCCCGAGAUGAAGAAACCGACACAAACAUGGGGCUCCUCUCCACUUGGAGAAGUGGAGCGGUCCUAUGACAAACCCUGGUUAUCCAGCAGUAAGAAAGUCAAACCCAAGUCUGAAGAUUUCUCAGCCACCAAACAAGCUCCUUCUGACCCACUGUGUGUGAUGACUAACCAACAUGGAGCAAUAAGGAAGCCUCCAGGUCCCUCCCUUAGGUCCCUAAAAACUACUCCAUUUAAGCCUGAUCUAGAUAAACUUCAGGAGGUGUUAUGUAUUGAACAGAAACCAAUCAUGACAGGAAGAAAGCAGCCCAAACAGAGCUGGAAUCCAGACACUAAGGUGGGGAAGACCAGCUUUGAUGAUUUGUUUGAUGGAAAUUCAGAGGAGACGAAAAAUAUACCAAAGAAGAGAGAAGGGGUAACAGAUGCAAAGCAUACCUGGGCCACAGUAGGGCUAGGGGGUGAUGAGGACAGCUUUACAAGUGGGAUAUAUAGAGGGCCAAAAACUCUCCUCAAUGAGGAUGAUCCUUUGGCAGGGGAACUAAUGAACAGCAAAACUGAAGGCAGCGAUAAAACAGACGAGGGUCUUGUCAGUUCUGGGCAUGUAAGGGGUAGACGAGUUGAUGCCAAAAAGCACAGAAAAGAACUAGAGAAGUUAGUACAGAAGUCUGUCCCUACGUCUAAUGACUCUGGAUAUGAGGAAUGUGAAGAAGGUUUGGAGGAGGAGGAUGAGGCAAUAGAGUUACUAGAGGAUGCUGAUGACUUGCUAAAUGAAGGUGUGACAAAAAUUCCAAAGUCUGGUUAUAAGCUCAGUCGAAUAUUAAGACAAAGACAAGAAGAUGCAAACAUCAAGCUUAAUAUCAAUCUCUAUGCGGGUGAACAACCAGCAGACAGCUACAUAGGGGAAGGAUUGUACAAAUCCUCAAAGAUAGACGAUCUGUUUGAAUCUGAUGAGGAAAGACCUGCUACUGGUAUGUCUGGAUUCAGGUCGUCACCAGGUGACAGUGAUGAGGAAUUCGAAAGUGUGUCUCAGGUCACCGGUCCUAGAAGACCAGUGUGGAAUGUUGGAGAAGAUUCUGAUGGUGAUUCAUUUUAUCCCCGCAAUUCCAAGACGUCCCCAGAAGUUUCCGGGUACAGGAAACAGAAUACAUCACUAUCAGAAAGAAGCCUGAACCAAACAGCCCCCGUGAGAUUUGAACCUUCACCUCGACAGUCAUUGGACAGUAACCGUAAAGGUGUCUCCAGUAAAACAUGGACUCCCGCCCCCCAAACCAUGCAAUCUGUGGAGUCUGUAAGAUCCACUAGUGGAGGAUGGCAAAUUCCACGAUACGAUUCAGAAACAGAACUCUCCGAGUUUGGAGAUCAAUCUGCAAGAAAUCGGCCACCAAGAGCUUAUUGAUUAUUAGGUCACAUGACACCAAUACAUGACAGUACUCAGAUGUUUAUUAUAAUUUUACGUUAUUCUGCAGUUGUGUAGAAAAGGGAAUUUCAUAGAAAUGCAAAUUAUACAUCAUCUGUGAUAGUUUUAUAUAGGUAUUACAUUUUAAUUUCUACGUAGUUUACUUGAAUAUGUUUCAUAUAUUUAUUAAAUUCAUUAAAUGACCUUUUGAAGAAGGACAACCA